GAUCAGGACCCGCAUCCCUGCAGGAUCCAGACUUCAUCCAGACACCUGCCGGAGCUCCGUCUUCCUGGGGAUUUAAUCCAGAAAAGAAGAAGAAUAAAGGAGAAUAAAGGAGGAUAAAGGAGGAUAAAGGAGGAUAGAGGAGAAUAAAGCAGAAUAAAGGAGCAGAUUCGGAGCAGGAUGGCAGCGAUCGUGUCGGAGCCGCUCUGCCGCCCCCUGGUUUACAGAGACGGACUGAGAGUAGAACUGCAGGUCCGGCGGCCGCUGGUUCCGGUCCGGUUCAGUCCAGAACAGGUCGGUCUGGAGAUGCUGGUUCUGUGUGGACAGUUGGACCUUCUGAUCCGGGCCCAGAGUCAGCAGUUCCAGGAGCAGUUAGGACGGGGGUGUAGUCCAGAGGAGUCGGACGGCUUCCAGACUCAAGGAUCAGAGAUUCUGGACCAGAUGCUGCAGUGUCUGGAACAUCUGCCCAAGCCCAUGCCACAGCUGGAGGACUACCUGGACACCGUGGGCCUGUCGGCCAUGUUCCCCCGGGUGGAGGUGUUUCUGAUCCAAGGCAGCCCGGUGGACAUGCUGGAGACGCCCCCCAUGGACGAAUACCUGGUCCACGUGUCCAGACUGAACCAGCUGCUGGCGCUGAGUCAGCAGCUGGACGAGGACGUCCAACAUCUGGGGAGUCACAAGUACAUCCCUCACCAGCUGUCAGUCAUCUACCAGGUCCUCAGCUCCUUCAGGGGCGUCCAGGUCCUCUCAGACGUCCGGAGGGACAUCGAGCUGAACUUCAGGCAGGUGAAGCAGCACCUGGUGGUGGAGGACGGACGGAGACACGAGCCCCAGCUGGCGGCGCAGUAUCUCAGCUGGAUGCUGCAGGUCACCGGGGGUUUGACGUCGCUGGUUCUGUCGAUGCCGGAGGAGUUGACGGACGACCUGCACCCGGCGCUCGCCUUCAUGUCCCAGUUCCUGUCCUGAUGGACGUCCCACUUCCUGUCCUGAUGGACGUCCCACUUCCUGUCCUGAUGGACGUCCCACUUCCUGUCCUGACGGACGUCCCACUUCCUGUCCUGAUGGACGUCCCACUUCCUGUCCUGAUGGACGUCCCACUUCCUGUUGCCCCGAUACCAUUUUUUUCACACCGAGUACGAGUACGAGUAUUUUAAUGUGUGGCUCAACAUCUCCCCCUAGCGGCGCUAACCAGUAACUACAACAACAAUUAAGUAUCGGUGCCUGGUAUCGGAGAAUUUUUGCGAGUACGAGUUUAUCAGAAUCAGAAUCAAGUUUAUUAGUUCAGCUUAGAAAAACUGUUUUUGACUUCGGAUACACCGGCGGCGACACGAUGGUAUUGUGCGCCUGUUUUCCAAAAGGUAACACUGGGAUAGGAGGGGGGGAGAAACAAAAAUACAUCUUCACACUUAGUAUAUACACAGUAUUAAGGUGCAAAAAAAAACACCUCAGCAGCACACAGAUC